UGCUCUCUGAAGCGGGAGCCUGUCUCCCGUGCCCUCGGAGGAGUGGAGGGCGGAAUCACGGCUUCCUUAGUGCGAUCUUCAGAAGGGAAAUCUGAGAGUCAUAACGUCUUAUAGCUUGGCUUGACAUCCGUGGUCAUGCGGUGGGCCAGAAAUAAACUCCCUGCUUCAAAGGAGAGUGUUUCAGAGCUGCCUGGCACAACAGCUGGAAGCUCAGGGCCAGCACAGGAGGCAAACUCAGAGAGCAUGUUCUGAAUUCAGACAGUCAAGAAAAAAUCUCUUUGUUGCCCAGACCUGUGCCCCUGCCGCAGAGCCUUGCAGGGAUUUGUCACCUGCUGUGUGCUGGCUACUGCUGAGUCCCUCUUCUGGAAGCUGGAGGAGAGGUGGCCGAGAUGGCGACUGAGAUCUCCACUCGGGGCAGACAACGUGCCAUCGGACAUGAGGAAUACAGCCUAUACAGCAGCCUGAGCGAGGAGGAGCUGCUCCAGAUGGCCAUCGAGCAGAGCCUGGCAGACAAGACUCGGGGCCCGACCCCUGCUGAGGCCUCCGCGUCCUCUCAGACCAACCACCAGCCAGGACAUUUCCACCCAUGGACCAGGUCCCCUUCGUCUCCCGAGAACCCACCGGCCCGCGCACCCCUGGGUCUGUUCCAAGGGGUCAUGCAGAAGUAUAGCAGCAACCUGUUCAAGACCUCCCAGAUGGCGGCUAUGGACCCCGUGCUGAAGGCCAUCAAGGAAGGGGAUGAAGAGGCCUUGAAGAUCAUGAUCCAGGAUGGGAAGAAUCUUGCAGAGCCCAACAAGGAGGGCUGGCUGCCGCUCCACGAGGCUGCCUACUAUGGCCAGCUGGGCUGCCUGAAAGUCCUGCAGCAAGCCUACCCAGGGACCAUUGACCAACGCACACUGCAGGAAGAGACAGCAUUAUACCUGGCCACAUGCAGAGAACACCUGGAUUGCCUCCUGUCGCUGCUCCAGGCGGGGGCAGAGCCUGACAUCUCUAACAAAUCCAGGGAGACUCCACUUUACAAAGCCUGUGAGCGCAAGAACGCGGAGGCGGUGAGGAUAUUGGUGCGAUACAACGCAGACGCCAACCACCGCUGUAACAGGGGCUGGACCGCACUGCACGAGUCUGUCUCCCGCAAUGACCUGGAGGUCAUGGAGAUCCUAGUGAGUGGCGGGGCCAAGGUGGAGGCCAAGAAUGUCUACAGCAUCACCCCUUUGUUUGUGGCUGCCCAGAGUGGGCAGCUGGAGGCCCUGAGGUUCCUGGCCAAGCAUGGUGCAGACAUCAACACGCAGGCCAGUGACAGUGCAUCAGCCCUCUACGAGGCCAGCAAGAAUGAGCAUGAAGACGUGGUAGAGUUUCUUCUCUCUCAGGGCGCCGAUGCUAACAAAGCCAACAAGGACGGCCUGCUCCCCCUGCAUGUUGCCUCCAAGAAGGGCAACUAUAGAAUAGUGCAGAUGCUGCUGCCUGUGACCAGCCGCACGCGCGUGCGCCGUAGCGGCAUCAGCCCGCUGCACCUAGCGGCCGAGCGCAACCACGACGCGGUGCUGGAGGCGCUGCUGGCCGCGCGCUUCGACGUGAACGCACCUCUGGCUCCCGAGCGCGCCCGCCUCUACGAGGACCGCCGCAGUUCUGCGCUCUACUUCGCUGUGGUCAACAACAAUGUGUACGCCACCGAGCUGUUGCUGCUGGCGGGCGCGGACCCCAACCGCGAUGUCAUCAGCCCUCUGCUCGUGGCCAUCCGCCACGGCUGCCUGCGCACCAUGCAGCUGCUGUUGGACCAUGGCGCCAACAUCGACGCCUACAUCGCCACUCACCCCACCGCCUUUCCAGCCACCAUCAUGUUUGCCAUGAAGUGCCUGUCGUUACUCAAGUUCCUUAUGGACCUCGGCUGCGAUGGCGAGCCCUGCUUCUCCUGCCUGUACGGCAACGGGCCGCACCCACCCGCCCCGCGACCUGGCCGCUUCCACGACGCACCCGUGGACGACAAGGCACCUAGCGUGGUGCAGUUCUGUGAGUUCCUGUCGGCCCCGGAAGUGAGCCGCUGGGCGGGACCCAUCAUCGAUGUCCUCCUGGACUAUGUGGGCAACGUGCAGCUGUGCUCCCGGCUGAAGGAGCACAUCGACAGCUUUGAGGACUGGGCUGUCAUCAAGGAGAAGGCAGAACCUCCGAGACCUCUGGCUCACCUCUGCCGGCUGCGGGUUCGGAAGGCCAUAGGAAAAUACCGGAUAAAACUCCUGGACACACUGCCGCUUCCCGGCAGGCUAAUCAGAUACCUGAAAUAUGAGAAUACACAGUAACCAGCCUGGAGAGGAGAUGUGGCCUUCAGACUGUUUCCGGGACGCCCCAGGUGGCCUGCAUCCAGGACCCCCUGGGGUCAGAACAGGUGUGACCUUGCUGGUUCUUUGCUGGAGCUUCACCCAAAGUGAGAACCUGAUGUGGGGAGUGGACGUGGAACCUCUGCUUUCACACUGUCAGCGGAUCGCAGACCCGCUCUGCUUCUGGCCAUAGCCAGAGACCUUCAACCUGGGGCCAGGGGAGAGCUGGUCUGGGCAAGGUGGCCCAGGCAGGAAUCCUGGCCUUAAGCUGGAGAACUUGUAGGAAUCCCUCACUGGACCCUCAGCUUUCAGGCUGCGAGGGAGACGCCCAGCCCAAGUAUUUUAUUUCACUGAGCACAAUAAACGUUGUAUACAGAA